AUGUUAUUUGAGGCCAAGGGAUGGAACUUGAAGAAUGAAAAAAGCAUAGCAUUAGGAGGGGUUGAAAAUAAAAAGAAAAAAAGUAAAAAAGCAAAGAAGCGUGAGGUGGAGGUGCCGAAGAAGCGUGAGGUAGAGGUGCCGAAGAAGCGUGAGGUAGAGGUGUCGAAGAAGCGUGAGGUAGAGGUGAUAAAUGAUGGUGAACAGGGACCCAAGGAUAAAGACAAGAGAAAAAACAAGAAUAGCACCACUGAGACAGACCCAAUCGAUAAGAAAGAAACUUUGCUUGGUUCAGAGCAUAAAAACAAAAAGAGAAAGAAAUUGUUAAAUGACCACGAUGACAGUUCUGAUACAACGAAACGAGCCAAAUCGAUUCAGAAAGAAAACAUGCUGACAACCCCAGGCUCAUCUAGUGAACUUGUUUCUAGAACACCUCAAACUAAACUAACUCCCUUGCAGCAAAAAAUGAUGUCCAAGUUGUCUGGAUCGAGAUUCCGUUGGAUUAAUGAACAAUUAUACACCACCACGUCUGAGGAAGCGCUUAGAUUAAUUAGGGAACAACCUGGAUUAUUCGAUGAAUAUCAUCAAGGUUUCAGAUCGCAAGUUUCUAGCUGGCCCGAGAAUCCGGUUGAUGUAUUUGUUGAGCAAUUUAAACAAAGACUUUUGACCAGAAAUAUCAAUGCACCUGGUGGAUUACCUGGAACCAGAGAUAAACGAAUUGUAAUUGCCGAUAUGGGAUGUGGAGAAGCCCAGUUUGCCUUGGAUGUGAAUACCUUUGUUAAACAAGAAAAACAAAGAUUAAAGAAAUUGAAGCACCUUGAUGUCAAAGUACAUAGUUUUGAUUUGAAGAAACAUAAUGAUAGAAUUACGGUUGCUGAUAUUAAGAAUGUUCCGAUUCCCGAUGAAUCAGUAACGAUUGUUAUAUUUUGCCUUGCAUUAAUGGGAACCAAUUUUCUUGAUUUUAUUAAGGAGGCAUAUAGGAUUCUACAACCUAGAGGAGAAUUAUGGAUAGCAGAGAUUAAGUCGAGAUUUAGUGAUGUUAAGAAUGGACAAAGUGAUGAUCAAAUUGGUAAGGAGUUUGUUGAAACGUUAAAAUUGUGCGGGUUUUACCAUAAACUGACUGAUAAUUCUAAUAAGAUGUUUAUUAGAUUUGAGUUUUUCAAGCCAUCGCAAGAUAUAAUUAAUGAGCGAAAAAUUAAGGUUGAAAAACAACAGAGAAAAUUUAUUAAUGAGGAGACACAAGAGGAAAAAUUGCAAUAUAGAAGAAGAAAGCAGCCUGAGGGUGAAUGGUUGUUGAAGCCGUGUAUAUAUAAACGAAGAUGA